AUGAUGACUGGAAUGAUACAUUGUCAAUUAUGGAUGGGCAAUUUAGAACCAUUCAUGACAGAAAGUUUUAUCAUGUUAGCUUUUCAAAAAAUGGGCGAACAUCCACAAAAUGUGAAAAUAAUGCGAAACAAAUUUACGGGCGAACCAGCUGGAUAUUGUUUUGUACAUUUUUCAAGCGAUGAACAGGCAAUCCAUGCAAUGCAUAAAUUAAAUGGUAAACCUAUACCGGAUACCAAUCCAAUUAUACGAUUUCGUUUAAAUAAUGCAAGUAACACGGAUCGAUCACUUUUUGAACGUGAAUUUUCUGUUUGGAUCGGGGAUUUAAGUCCAGAUGUUGACGAUUAUAGUCUGUAUCGAACUUUUGCGUCACGUUAUAAUACGAUCAAAUCUGCCAAAGUCAUUCUAGAUAACUCCGGAUUUAGUAAAGGCUAUGGAUUUGUUCGAUUUGGUUGUGAAGACGAACAGAAAAAUAGUUUAACGACAAUGAAUGGUUACAUUGGUUUAGGUAGUAAACCGUUAAAAAUUUGUAAUGCAGUACCAAAACCAAAAGGGGCGACCACAAUAUUAUCCCCACCACAAAGUACCAUCACACUAUCGCCAGCACCCGUAAAUUCCGCAACUCAAGCACAAACAUACACGACACAAUCUCAAGACUAUUUACAGUAUUAUGAUCCGUCCGCUUACUGGCAAAAUUACGCUUGGAGAGGUUACUACGAUCAGACACCUGAUUUUUUUCAAUCGACCACGGAGAGUGUGUUAAUCGAUACGUCUGCGCUGAGUGGUGCCUCCUCAUAUAAUGGACAUGGUAUACAUAAUUCUCAUGGUUCCUUACCAGAAUCAACUCAAGCGAAAAUUGAUGAUGAUUUAGAAUUAAUUGAAUACUCAACAAGUUUAGAUGUAGAUAAACUAAAUAAGGAAUUAAAUGAACAGGAUCAAGUUUUAUGGGACGCCGUAGAAAAUUCUAAAUGGUUACCUUGUGAAGAUCUGCCAGAAUUUUGUUAA